AUGAGUAGUCAGGAGCUGGUCACUUUGAAUGUGGGAGGGAAAGUCUAUACAACAAGGGUGUCUACUAUAAAGCAGUUUCCUGCUUCUCGAUUAGCACGAAUGUUAGAUGGCAAAGACCAAGAAUUCAAGACAGUUGCUGAUCAAAUAUUUGUGGACAGAGAUGGUAUUUUAUUUAGUUUUAUAUUGGAUUUUUUGAGAACUCAACAGCUUUUACUACCUACUGACUUUUCAGACUACUUUAGGCUUCAGAGAGAGGCUGUUUUCUAUGAACUUGAUUCUCUGGUUGAUCUCUUAAACCAAGAACUACUACAUGCAAAACCUGUGCUGUUGGAGGUGCACUUCUUAUGCCGAAACACUCAAGCUUUUUUCAGAAUAUUUGGCUCUUGCAGCAAAACAAUUGAGAUGCUAACUGAGAAGAUUACAGUGUUUCUAGAGCAACCUUCCUGGAGUACUAAUUCUCUCCCUCAGAUGACCCUACUUCCACUGCCUCCACAAAGACCUUCUUACCAUGAUCUUGUUUUCCAGUGUGGCUCUCUCAGCACAUCUGACAACCAAACUGGAAUCAGGUAUGUUUCUAUAAAACCUGAUAAUCGAAAAUUGGCCAAUGGAGCUAAUGUCCUUGGCUUAUUGAUGGAUACUUUACUAAAGGAAGGCUUUCGUCUGGUCAGCACAAGAACAGCAUCCUCUGAAGACAAAAUGGAAUGCUACAUCUUUGAAAGGAUGAAGACACCACAAGCCCUUGCUGUGAACAAAACUCUGAACCCAGAGACUACCAUCAUUCCAGAACAAGCUCAGAACAGGAAAUAA